UACAGAGACGAGAUGUGUUUUAUGUGCAUGUGCGUCUCCACAGGUCUGUGCGCCGUCUCAUCACAUGUUCAACGUCAGUACCAUUUUGUUUAUGAGCUGAAGAACAUGACUGAAGCGCGGAGCUACUGCAGAGAAAAAUACACCGACCUGGCCACUGUAGACGACAUGGAGGAUGUGGAGACUCUGAACGAAAUGGCAGAUCUGAGCAAAAUGAAGUACAAAGAAUACAGCCAUAGAGCCUGGAUUGGGCUGUACGAUGAUCUGCACAGCUGGAGGUGGUCACUGUCAGACAGACGUUUCUACAAGGACGGGGAGACGGAGUUCAGACAAUGGGCCCCAAAAGAGCCCAACAACCAAGACAGUGGAGAACUCUGUGCACAGAUGUAUGAUACUGGGCGAUGGAAUGACUACAAAUGUACAAACCCUUUGAAGGCAGUCUGCAUUGAUGUCAGAGGGCCGACAGCGACGUUUGUCCUCUCUGACAACUCCAUGACCUGGACCGAGGCCCAGAGCUACUGCAGAGAACACUUCACUGACCUGGCCAGCGUGAGAAACAUGGCAGAGAACCAGAAGGUAAAGGAGCUGGUACCUGCUGGAGGAAAAGUCUGGAUCGGCCUCUUUAGAGACUCCUGGAAGUGGUCGGAUGGAAGUAACUCCUCAUUCAGACUCUGGAACCAGAGAACAAAGGAACCUAAUAACAACUUUAAGAAGGAGGCUUGUGUGGCAGCAGCCUUUAACUACUCUGGGAAAUGGGAGGACUUCAACUGUGACUUCAAGAGAGCAUCCAUUUGCUACAGUGUCGUGCGUGCUUCAAAGCAAGUGAUGAAAGUGAGGUUGAAGAAGAAAAGCUCCUCUGUGGAUCUGAAUGACCCUGCUGUGAUGGAGGACGUCUUGAAGCAGCUCCAAGAGAGGCUGAAGGACCAGGGGGUGAAUGAAGACGUCAAACUGAGCUGGAAGAAGCAGUCGGAUGGAAAGGUCUUCCACGAGGACUAGAAGGAGACAAAGGAGAGGGGAACCAGUACAAGAAAAGGACGAGCUUUAACGUUUAAUUGAGGGAAAUGUAUUUCUUUCCUCAUAGACCUCCUGUAAUGGAUCAGAAUAAAUCUGCAACAACUAGUUGAUUAGACACAAAUGUUUUGAAAAUCAAUUAAUCCUUUUAGUGAUUUUUCCAAGCAGAAAUGCCAAACAUUCAGUGGCUCCAGCUAACUGGCUAAAUUAGCAGUUGCUGAGCUGCUGGGUCAGUUCUGAUAUAUUGUUCGGUGCUUCCCUUGUUCCAGAUCCCAUCUCCAGCGUGUUCCUGUGCUUUCAACCUUUAAAUAACACAUUAUAGAUUUUGCUCUUUGCCUGCUCCCAUCUCGAUUAGUUAGCCCAGGUUUUGGAAAGCGUACCAGCUUCACAGCACCGUACACCUGUAUACCUUGUGCUUAUUAUUAAAACCAUCAAACUGAA